CAAUAAUGAAUACAAUCAAAAUCGAUAAAAUGAUAACGUUGCGCAAUUUCCAAGCCCGUUCGGAUUAACGAGACCCUACUGUACAUUUCUAUAAACUAUAGGUAGUAUAGAAGUCUGUGCAUCUUACCCAUAGAGCUUCCUCUACGGUUUAACAUCUACAGCCUAAACCAUGGCUAAAUAACAUGGUAUGUUGUCAAAAUCAACUAUGUUAAUGCUGUUAUACGUAUCUCGUUGAUAUGUCAACGUAUAUAUGUGUUCCGUCAAAGGUUGUAAUAGUGGUAGUCGUAGUAAAGCAUUCCAAAAAACUAUUCCCACACCACGUCUUUUUAGCUUUCCGAAAGAUAGAGAGUUACAAAAGAAAUGGAUUGAUUUAUGUGGAAAAGGAGAUCAGAUAAAUGUUAAAGGGGCUAUGGUAUGUUCAUUGCAUUUUGAAACUACAGAUUAUGUUAAACCACUAAUUCAAUUAGUUCUUGGUUAUUCUCCAAAGUGUCAACGCACGCUUAAACCAAACGCUAUACCCUCCAAACACAUGCAAGGAUUUAAUAAAAAUCCAAAAUAUAGAAGUCCAAACAUUAAAAAUUCUCCAUUUUGUGUUGAAACAUUAAGUUGCGAAGACACUCAAUCUUUUUCUGUUGCAAAUAAAAUGUCAUCCUUAAAGUCAAAUGAAUUAAAUGAAUUGGAAAACAUAGAACUGCAAGUUGCUUCAAAACCUAUAAACAAAUGUCUAAAGUCCAGUCCAGCUUGUAAACGCACAUUAUUUGCAUCUAAAUUAGAAUAUGAGACAGUUAGGGAAGCAGAUAGUUAUAGUACUACAAAUUAGGGUAGUGAUCAAACUGAAGUUAAUAUGUUAAGAGAACAAUUACUUCAACACAUACAAAGUCUGGAAGAAAUUAAAAAAGAAAACAAGUUUUUAAAGAAGUCUGUAGAAUUACAAAAGAGUGUAAUAAAUUCAAUUCCUAGUAAAGCUAAGAAGACUAAGGAAUUUGAGUUAAAGUGCCAUAGUCUUCUGUCAGGAAUGUUUACUACGACCCAAAUUAAUUUAAUUCUACACCCAAAAAAAAAGUGUAUAAAUGGUCAGAAGAAGACAUUGCCAAUGCCAUUACUCUUAGGAGUCUUUCUCCAAAGGCUUAUAGAUAUUUAAGAGGUGAAAAAAAGUAUCCUUUACGGGUGAGUCUAACAAUUAAUAAUAUUAAAAUAAUAAUUUAAAUA